AGAGCUGCAAAUUUGCCAAAGGUCUUACUCAACAUCCACUGCAAAUUCAAAGUACUAAAAUGGAUAUGGAUUUCUAGAGAACUUCUUCUGCGAUAACACAUACUAGAGCACAUGCUGUAACACAUACACAGGCACUGAUACUGAUAGAGGACUCAUCUAGUAGCUAGCUUAUUGUAGUGGUGUAGCUGCUAAGAAAGUGUCGUAGUUCUCUUCGUGUUGGGUGUUACUAGUACUAAAACGCUCACGCCUCUAGUUGAGCCGCUACUACCAACCAGUAGUUCCUGUGGAAAGAACGAGGACGCGGGACGCCAAAAGCUAGUGAGCUCCGAGGACGUCGAAAAGCGGAGCAGCUGCGAUCAUCCUUGGAGGAUCCACUCCAAAAAGAUGUACGGCGGCCACGCAAAUGGCGGCGGUCACGGGCAGUACCCAAAUUACGCUGCUGCAGCCGCCGCAGCACAGCAGCAGCAGCACCAUUACGGGCAGAUUCCCGGGCAGCAGCAGCAGCCCGGUGGCGGACAACAGGCUCAUUACCCACAGCAGUACGGGCAGGUCCCGCAUCACCCGCCACCCUACGGGCCGCCACCAAACAUGAUGACCGCUGCGCAUCAGCAACAGGCACAGCAGCAGCAACAGCAAAUGGCCAUGGCGAUGGCGGCGCAGCAGCAACAGGCACAAGCCAUGGCAAUGGCCCAGGCGCAGCAGCAAAUGCACUAUAACGCGCAGCAACAGGCUUUUGCGGCAGGAUACAAUGCGCAACUGCAGCAACAAAUGUACACAGCACAACAACAAAUGCAGGCAGCGGCAGCGCAGAAAGGUUCGUUUGGAAUGUUUUUCUUUGAUAGUAGAGCUCCUGCCGUGUGACAACAUCAAUUUCUGUAUUUGUUUUGCAAGCAGCACAGAGCAUAUUGAGUGGGUUAUCGUAUAUGAUUUAUUUCGCAUGACAAGUUUUUGUUCAUCGUACCUACACUACUAGGCACCACUCCCGGGACCGCGAACGGCGCGAACACAACGCCACCCAACGGUACCACCAGUGGCCCAAACGCGCAGACACCGUCUACCACUUCCGGCACAAAAAUGUACGGCACCGCACAGCCCUUCGUCCCGAUGAGCCAACAGAAAGGCGGAAAUAACGCGUCUUCCCCCAUGGCAAUUUCCAAUCCUGCGGACCAAACCCCAACGGCGACACCCCAGAAAUUAUUCCAACAGCAGCAAUUUCCUUUGAAACUCGACUCCGAGGAGGCAAAAAUCGACCAAAUUGCCAAGGCGAUGUCGCAGAAAACUAGCAGUUCCGCGGAUUCGGUUUUAAAACCCCACCCGGGUCCUGCGCCGCACAACAACGGGAGCGGCACGGAGUCGACCAUUCCGUCAGCGAAUGGUACUAAGGGGCAGGCGUUACCGAAGACGGUCUCGAAGGAAGGCCAGCCGGGGAUUGCGGUCUCACUGGAAGAAAUUGCGUUUUUCAUGGAAGACAUGGAACGAACGGUCUGGUGGCUCAUUAAGGCGGGGAAGGUAUAGGAUUUUUUGCUUGAUUUGUGUUGCAGUUCGUUGCAGCAUCCGGCGCACGACGACGAAGACGUCGGAUGAAGCAGCACGACUUGCACAACUUCUUGUCAUUAUGCCAUGCAAGGUACAAACUUCAAUUUGCUAAAGAUUUAUACGAACAAAAUCCUUAUAAAUCAGGUGAAGCAGCAAGAGUUAAAAAACCUGGAGGAAUCGAAGAAGAAAGCCACCACCCCCUCCGACCUCAGUUCCCUCGCGGCGCAGCUCCAAGCCAAAACCUUCUCCACCCAGGCGGAUUCGCCGGAUAGCAUUUUGCUCAAGGGGUCGGAGGAAUUGCCGAAGGAUGAAGAGUUGGCGAAAACCUGUGACUGGUGGUCAGUGAUGGAAUCGAUUGAAAAGAACGUUCUCACCCACAUCGAUAUCCACAGUAAAUUUCCCGUACACGUACAAAUGCGGUCUCUGCAUGAGAAAACCUGGCCCCGAUCUUAGCUUAGCAUGACAAGUAUUUUUACUGGUGAAGUCUGUGAUGCAUUUUGUACAUGUACGGGAAAUUUGUAUUGCAUAAUCGAAACCCAUGAACACCAGUUACGGUCGAAGAUGUUCAUCGUGGUGCAGCCGACAAGGGAGCAGAAGGAAUUAUUAGAUAUCCUGUGCAAAAGUAUCGUACUCGUAGUAAUCGCAGUUAUGCAUUACAAAUCUCCAUCUCAAGGCAAAACAGCAUCACAAAUUCGAUUUGUCAUGCUGAGCUAAUUUGUAUUGCAAUUACUACUAGUACGAUACUUUUGCAGUUCAUACUAGACGUCUUGACACUACUCCGGUUUAACUGCGGGGGGAGAAUUAUCAUCUUCGACAUUCCGAACCACGAGAUGAACCACAAAGCUUUGUGGCAUUGCCUCCACGAGAACUUGAUCAACCAAGUCCCGUUAUCCUGUGUAAAAACGUCCCCACCCCAGAGUUGUCAUGCAAAUCUGCAUGAGCUGGAAUUGGAAAUGUUUUUCAUGCGGAGCCCCAUGAGAAGCAUUAUCCAGUCGCGUUUUGGAAUUUGUAAUGCUCCAAGUCCAACCAGCAUCAUAUACUAGAUCUGUGAUGCUGCUCAGCUAGCUCAAACAGCCCUAGUACACUACGAAUCCAAAUUUGUCAUGCAAAACAGCCAAAACUUGUGGAUUUGUCUAGCCGAGUCCCCAUCUUGACUAUGGGGUGCUGGGGACGUUUUUACAUAGGAUACCCGUGCUUCGGCGUGCAGGCGGAUUUGGUGGAAGGCGGGUUGACGCAGGAGAAAUACUUCAUGCAGUGCCUCUCUAUCGUCCCCUACAUCAAAAUAUCCAAUGCAAAAAUGUCUGGAUCUGGAAAAGUGUAGACUUGUCAUGCAGAUUUUCCAUGACCCAUGAGGUCUGGAAUGCGGGACUUAGCAUGACAGACUCUGGGAGGUCUCUGCCAUGCCUAUCCUGCAUGAGAAACUCCCUUCUAACUUGGUCAAAAGUGUACAGCUUUUGGCACUCACGCAACACAGAUUUUUGCAUGCUUCAGAUUUACCAUGACAAGUUGCAAUCUUCCAGACCCAGACACUUUUGCAAUUCAUACAAAAUCCCGGCGGGCCAGCAGGGAAACUCGCACGACAAAAUCAAGUUGUAUAGCGUCUUAUGAAUUGCAAAGAUGUCUGGGUCUGGAAGAUUGCAACUUGUGAUGCUAUCUUUAGAUUCCAAAAAAGUCUGUAUUGCAUGACCAGCAAGAGGAUUCCAGUUUGUGCUACACGGAGAGGGCAUUUCUCAUGCGGUAGAGGUAACACAAAGCGCUCUAAAGAUCUGUGAUGCUACAGUAUGCAUCACAGACAUCAUGGGUCAUGGAAAAUAUGCAUGACAAAGCUAAAGAUCUCUCAGACCCGGAUAUUUGUGCAUUUGAUACGUCUUUUUCCCGGACAAGAAGAGAAAACACUGGUCGUUUGUUAGUGGCGAGGUGAAAGCCGGGGGACAGCACACGAACAUCGCGAUGGCGGCGCACGAAAUUUGGAGUGAAACCGUUGGGGUUUUUUACCAGUGGACUUGGAACCGAUGUUUUACCAGUAUAGGAUUUUGGAUUAUAUUUUGCUUACGUUCUUGAUGAAGUAAUAUGAGUGAUUGUGUUUGUACGCACAAGCAUUUCCCUAACUUGUACCUCCGCAUGACAAAUUUACACCAAAAUAAACGAAUCCAUUUAUCAGAAACCAAGCCCUUCCUGUACGCGAACCACGAGCGCGACGGGACGAAAUACCCCAUCCGGCCGUACCUCUUCGUGGAAGCCACCCCAGAAUUCUACGAGUACACGUGUCAUGAGCUGAAAGAGGCGAUUCCGAACCCACUGGAAUCAACCGUCACGGUCAAUUACGUGCGUUACGACGAGCCGAAAGAGGAUACCAGGAUGAUCCACACGCAAGGGCAUUAUUUCAAGAACCACGACGAUGGGGCGUGGUUGGAUCUGGACUGGGACAGCGGGCGGUUGUCCAGUCGGAAGAUGGGGGAGAAGAGCCAUAUCAGGAGGGACGUGGAAUUACUGUUCAAACAGCAAUAUGCACUGCAAAAGUAACUCGUACUGCGUUGUACGAAUUGCAUCACAUCAAAUUUUUUCAAGAACAAAAAUGGAGCUUGUGAUGCUAUAUCCGGUAGAGAGAAAUCGAUUUGUGAUGCAUGACGGCAAUCAGUACGAGUGCGAAGAUACUUUUGCAAUGCAUAAGCAACCCAGGAAACUGUGGUCGAGCCUAUUCGGGCCGUUGUUAGAGAAAUCAGAGGCGGAGUGUAAUGCGGUUUUGGGGAAGGAUUUACCAACAGAUCCGCCGUUCGUCGUGCAAAUGCAGGGGAUCGACAAAGCAGCUACGGAUGAAGAUAUUUUAGAGUUUUACCAGGAUGGCGCGCCACACUGUAUAUGUUGUUUGUAGUUUUGGGGUGAUGCGGAACAUGCUAUGCUGUAUUGCAAAAAUCUUGUCGCGGCUACUCUUUGGUGUAGCAGGUUUGGGCCACCAGCAGCCUCACGUGUACGUUCUUGUGUUCUGUGCGAAGUAGAUCCAAGAAUUUAAAAAAUGGCAAAAAUACUUUAUCAACCAAACUCUCUCAGGCCAAAUCCUGUCCGUGACGCAGAUGCAGGAGCCCCGGCACAGUGCCCGAGUUGAAUUCGUCGACCAACCAUCGCUGCGGGUCGCGCUCCGCAAGCACAACGAGUACCUGAAGAGAAGGAAAGUGAAAAUUGAGCUGUGGCACGACGGCAUGGGCAGUGGGCUGCCCGUCGCGAAACAAAGUUCGGUCACUGGCGGGUCGUCUGGCGGGAAGGAUGCCGUGGUGCCCAUGAAGGGGAGGUCACAGGUAUAGAAAUUAUACUCGAGCAUUUGUGUUGGAAGAUAUUUAUACCCGCAUGCGAAUAGAAAGACAAGGCCCCUGUGAAGAAGCACGCAAUAAGUAGGUCUUGCACCUUUUAUUCCGAGUUCUGCUUGAGUAUCAUGCAGAAACGAAAUGCUGUCCAAAACCCUAUCAGGUCGAAUACUCCGGUCCCUUGCCGAAAUCCCCGCCCUACAAGUGCGUCUGCCGCAAUCUCGACCGCACGGUGACCGAUAACGACCUAGGGUACUUUUUCUGGGAUCGGUAUCCCACGAAAAAACUGUUUCACUGGGAUGCUUUUGUAAGAUCUGCAUCACAAGUUUGUUACACAUGACACAGAAAAUCUGCCAUGCGCGCUUCCCAAGGGAAAACGUUCCUAAAUGUCCAAUGUCUUGCGGGUGUAGCAAGACAAAUACUUCUGUGUUCCAUUCUAUACAUCACAAGUUCACACUGAAACAGUUUUUUCUUGUGAUAAUCGGGAGUGCGAGCCCAAGGUGAUCUCUAUGGAAGCAUGCGGAAAACACACGGGGAUCGUGGAGUUCGGCACGGUGGAAUUGUUAAAAUCCGCUUUGAAGUGGAACGGAGUGGUUUUCAAGGGGCGGGAAAUCUCGGUCUCCCUCUACGACCCGUCGGACGAAAACAGCCACGCAAAUGGAGAGGAGGGCCAAGGUGGGAACAAGAGCAGCUCCGGCGGUAACCCGAGAACGAGUCACAAGUCUUCCAUGUCUUCCCCCACAGAACACGACUCGGAGACAAGAGAGGGCGGUGAUUCGGGGGAAAAGAAAUUCGGAAGAAGAUCAGGGUUUUUGGGUCGAGGUGGUGAUGGCGACGGGAAAGACCGAGGGGGGAAGAACAAAGGUACUUAUAGAAUACGAUACAUUGACUGUGAAAUAAAAAUGCAGCACAUACGGUGUAGUUCUCAUGCAAAAUCUGCAUCAGGAGACAAAAACUCUGUCAUGCGAAUAACCGCAACUCAUAUCAACCCCCACCCUAGGUAACAAGUAUGGGGACCGGGACCGCGACGGUUACUACCCGAAGCUCCCCGGCUCCACCUACGGUCGCGACAAAAACCCGAGGAAAGGCUCGGGAGAAAAAGACAGCACGGAUCGGGACCGGGAUAUGGACAAGGUCUGGGAACGGGGAGUGAACCGCGCCGGCGAUAUUAACCGGGACAACAGUAGUAGUAAUCCCCGGAAGGGAAACAAUCGCGACAGGGAGAAUGGUGGGAUGUCGGCGAACAAUAGUAGAAAUCGUGAUCGGGGGGACGACGACAAAAUCGCGAUUAAACAGAAUUUCAAGGACACGAAAGCAGACCAUGACGACAAUUGGCGGCGGGGAUAGAAGUUCUACAGCUUGUUUGUGCUGUCAAAUUUAAGUAUCACCAUGAGGCACGAUAGGAAGAUGACGGUGCACAAUUCUUAUGCACCACUCAUGUUGACACUCACACUUGAUGACACUAGGCCGCGAACUGUCUCAGUACUAUCUGCUUUGUACCUACUUGCGAGAAAGAGCUUCUUCAUUUGGAGAGAGGCUUGGUAUCUUGAACAUGAACAUCUGGACGCAUAAUGGUACUAGGAGUCAUCUCAAAUAACGACGGCGACAAUCUUAAUCUAUUCUGAAAUCUUUGUACAUGAAAUAACAUCUUCUUCGACAGAAAAAUUUAGGUUUUUCUGCAAGCGACAGCACAGAUUUCGAUUUCAUAUCAGUUACUGGCUAAAUAUGAAGAGCAAAGCAACAGACGAAUGAAACUUCUGAAUACAACACCCUAUGAUUUUUACAACAACUACUCGCGGCUUAUGUCAAAGCCAAGUCGUUUUCUUUAUGUAUGUCAAACCUGUACUACCGUGCUCAAGGCAGCACUUUUUUACAGGUUGAAGGUUUAAUUUCAUCGGAAUCAUGAAAAAAAUAUGAGUCUUCACGUGCUUGCUUUUUUACUCCUCACGAGUAAGAGUAUCAGAUGGAUGAGGAAUAAAAAAGGCAGGAAAGUAGACCUAGAUCAUCAUCCACUACAAAAGAAAAGCAGGAAAGGAAAACUCAUUUUUUCUAAAUUUGUUUUUGCGAUUUAGAAGCGGCGACGCUGUCGUUCGUGUAGUUUGAAUGAUGCACACAUGUGGUUGCAUUCCGUUAUUUUCUAGCGUAGUAGUAGAGUGUUUGGACGUUUCGAGCAACGAAAUCAUUCUCAUUUUUCGAAACAAAAGACUCUUUUGCUGAGCUUGUAGUGCGCAUGUGACGAUUCAACAUCUUUCGUGAAAAUCAUCCUCUAUUAACGAUACUUUCUACAUAGGCAUAGCAGCCACAAU